AUGGAUACUCAUUUUUCACUAUCAUGGGACGCUUAUCAAAAAAAUAUUUGUAGCGGUCUCAGUAUGCUUCAACAGCGCGGCGAGUUUGUAGACAUGACGCUAGCAGCAGACAGUCACCACGUUAAGGUCCAUCAAAUGGUACUGUCUCUCGUGAGUCCAUAUAUCAAGGAACUAAUCUCAUCAGCUCAGUGCCCGCAUCCAGUCAUAUUUCUUAACAAUAUAUCGUAUGCAACUCUGUGCUUGGUAUUAGAGUACAUUUAUACUGGAGAGGUGUAUCUUCCAAAGGCGAAUCUGUCUGACUUCCUAGCAGCUGGCCGGGCACUACACAUCAAAGGAAUUCAAGACAUGGAAGAGAAUAACAUUUUACAAGAUGAUACAAGAGGAUUGCAGGACAAUACUGACAUGUUGGAACAGGACAACAAUAGCAUUUCAGGUGAUAAUACCAAUUUACAGACUGAUGAGGGGGAACCACACACGGGAAAUAAUACAUUACUAGAACAGUUACAAAAGUGCAAAGAAAACAAAAAGAAAGGUGCAAAAUUAAAAAGACCCAAAUCUGUACAACCCUUAUGCAAAAUAUUCGUUGACGAUUCAAACACGGAAAUUGUUGAAGAAUUUACCGAAGCAGAAAACGUAGAUACAGAACAGAACGAUCAGCAUAUAAACGUUAUUAGUUCUACUAAUACAUCUGAAAUUGUUAGAAGUAAAGGAACGUUAAAGAAUUCCAACAUUGUACAAUACAGUUUAUCUAACCAGGGAGGGCUGCAGAUGAUAUUCAAUAGGUAUAUUUAUGCUUUAAAAUAUGUUCAGAAGAAGCUGAUUAAAUUCUGGAGGUGUGCGGACAGCGGCAGCAAGAAAUGUCCCGCUAAUAUAUAUACUAACCAAAGGAAUCAAGUUAUUAAGAGGACUUUUAACCACAAUCAUCCGUUUCACGACAAGAAUAUUCUUAAGAAAAUGCGCCUCGGUUUGGUCUUCACAGCGUUCAAUGAGGCCGAGAGCAGAGCGUUCUGCAAGAAGGAUAAGGAACCUUCUCCUCCUCACACGGCAGAAAAUACUGAUUCUGAAUAA